CUAUGGCUAUCGGCCAUUGCCGAUGGAUGAUGACAUCAUCCGUCGGACCAACCCAAAUUAAUACAGAUACAUAUUUAUUAAGGUGAUGCUCAUUGAGCAAGCACUGCAUUCAAAUUGAAAAUGAUAUGAGAAAAGCCUAUUGUAUUAUAGCAGAAGAGCCUUGUGUGUCUAAUUGAGCACCGUUGUUUAGCAUUUGCAGACCAGUAACCAUUCAGAAAUAUGAAAAUAAACAUCAGGUCCAUGUUCAAGAUAAUUUUGUUUAAAUAAAUCUGUCUUGUUGCUUCAGUCUCCCCAAUAAAUUUAAAAUUAAAACACAGAGAUAGGUGAUGGGUGUGACAUAUUUUUGGCUUCCAACGGAGGGCAUGAAAGGCAAAGUCUGAGAUCCAGUGCAUGAAUCGAUAAUCAGAAAAUUAUCAGCCUGAUAUGAUGCAUAAUAAAAGUGAGCAGAUUUUCUCACUCUGAGAAGACGGCGAUGUGACGCCUAUUUUAUCAACAACUAUAAACGGCUCACAACGGGGUGAACGUAGUAUGCUUUUGACUAAAAAGAACAAAACAGCAUGCACUGUCGACACAUACACACUAUCCAUAUAGCACAUGCACACCAUCACUGCAGAGCCACAACGAGCAGAUGGACUGACUGUGAGGGGUAACUGAAGGAAAAAAAUAAGGGGAGUGACAGUGAAAGAGGAUGAGGAGGAGGGGUGGGUAAAGACGGAGAUACUGAGGCAGAAUCACUGAAGGAGUGUGCAGGACAUGCACUGACAGGCUGAGACAGAGAGUGAGACAGAGGGAGCUUGCAGCACCUGAGAGGCUGCCACUUCAUUAGCAUCAGGAGGAGAGUCGGUCACAGGCAGCCACACCAGGACUCAUGUAGAUCGACUGCUGUUAUCCAUCGCUUGUGGAGCAGCAGAGCAGGCUACAGCGAAGGAGGGGAACGAGGCUGGAGCCAAAGCUUGAACGAGAGGCUGAGAAGCAUCGCUGCCACCUGACUCAUACUGGGAGUCAGCCUCAGCACCUGCAGCGGCAGCCUGAGCACUGAAGGAGACUGGGGCAGACGGGGAGAGAGCUGCUGAGAUUAUGCGCGGGGCAGAGAGCUCCUGUGGAUUCCCCAUUUUUGGCGGCAGCAGCAGCAGCAGCAGGAGAAGCAGGAGCUGUGUCUCUACAGAUAGCUGCAGAGCUAGCUGGAGCUGCAGCAAAACAAGAAGCCCCAACUCCAAAAAUAUUUAUUCUCCCAGAGAUGAAGGUAGCAUUUACAGCCAAGGUGUAACAGGAACCAGCUGUCCAUGUUGCCACAGUGUUAAAUGCACCUGUAGCCAGAGCAGUGAAAGCCGCUGCAGCGCUGGUGCAAAAGUGACCCCAGCAGUGCAGUUAGGUGUAGUUGUAGCAGUAGCAGGAGGGAGCAGUGGCUCAGGACACUGAAUGACCAGUGUGGCUGAUGAAGGCCACCUGGAUCCGCUUGCUGAAACGAGCCAAGGGAGGUCGCGUCAAGAGCUCCGAUGCCUGUGGUUCGGCCGACUCCUACACCAGCCGUCCAUCAGACUCCGAUGUGUCCCUUGAGGAGGAUAAGGAGGCAGUGCGCAGAGAGGCAGAGCGACAGGCUCAGGCACAGCUCGACAAAGCCAAGACCAAACCAGUUGCAUUUGCUGUUCGCACAAAUGUCAACUACAGCCCGUGUCAUGAUGAUGAUGUCCCCGUGCCAGGCAUGGCCAUCUCCUUUGAGGCUAAAGACUUCCUCCAUGUCAAAGAGAAAUUCAACAACGACUGGUGGAUAGGACGCCUGGUGAAGGAAGGCUGUGAAAUCGGGUUCAUCCCCAGUCCAGUGAAGCUUGAAAACACUCGUAUCCUCCAGGAGCAGAGAGCCAAACAGGGAAAGUUCCACUCCAGUAAAUUGGGAGCUAACUCAUCUUCUAGUUUAGGUGAAGUGGUUCCUAACUCACGGAAAUCUACUCCUCCUUCGUCUGCUAAGCAGAAGCAGAAGUCGGCGGAACACAUUCCUCCAUACGACGUUGUGCCUUCCAUGCGGCCCGUGGUUCUGGUUGGACCAUCACUGAAGGGCUACGAGGUGACAGACAUGAUGCAAAAAGCACUGUUUGACUUUUUGAAACACAGAUUUGAAGGAAGAAUAUCAAUCACACGCGUCACCGCGGACAUCUCUCUGGCCAAACGCUCAGUCCUGAACAAUCCCAGCAAGCACGCCAUCAUCGAACGCUCCAACACACGCUCAAACUUGGCUGAAGUCCAGAGUGAGAUUGAGCGGAUUUUCGAACUGGCCCGGACGUUACAGCUGGUAGUUCUGGACGCCGACACCAUCAACCACCCGUCACAGCUGGGGAAGACUUCCCUCGCCCCCAUCAUUGUCUACGUCAAAAUCACCUCUCCAAAGGUGCUGCAGAGGCUCAUCAAGUCCAGAGGCAAGUCUCAGGCCAAACACCUCAAUGUCCAGAUGGUGGCUGCUGACAAGCUGGCUCAGUGCCCUCCUGAGAUGUUUGACAUCAUACUUGAUGAGAACCAGCUGGAGGAUGCUUGUGAGCAUAUGGCUGAUUACCUGGAGGCCUACUGGAAAAGCACUCACCCCACCAGCUGCAACCCACCCAACACACUGCUAACGAAGCUGCCCACAGCCACCCUGCCCUCCAGCCCAGCCCCGGUCUCCGGCGUGCAGGGCAGCAGUGCAGAGCAGAAAGGAGAGAAAGCAUUAGUGGAGAGAAAGGGCUCCAGAGAGGAUCACCAGCACCAUCAUCACCACCACCACCACCACCACCAGAGCCAGGACCAGGCUGAUGCUGAUGCGGAGGCCGAGGGGGAGGGGCUUGAGGAGGAGAGACCUCUGAGGACAGAGGCCUCCAGGAGAGUCCAACACAUCCACCACCGUUCGUCUUCCACCCGGACUGAGCAACACAACCACCAUCACCACCACAGCAGCAGUCGAGGCCGGGGCCUCUCCCGGCAGGAGACUUUGGACUCGGAAACCCCCGAGAGCAGAGAGAGCCGAGAGAGCCGAGAGAGCAAGGACUCUGCUUAUAUCGAGCCGCGCACUCAGCUCCUCCACCAGGAAGAGGAGGAGGAGGAUGAGGAGGAGGAGGAGGACGAGGAGGAGGACGAGGACGAGGAGGAGGAUCUAGGGGAGGGGCACCCCCAGCAGCAACAGCGUUAUGAGCCACUGCCCCACCGGGACCACAACCACCAUCACCACCACCACCAUCACCGCAGUGGGGCGGAUGAGGCCGGCCACAGCACGGGACACCACCGCUCAAAGGAGCGUGAACAGGACCAUAACGAACGGAACAAGCAGCGCUCGCACCACCACCGGCCGGCACGUGACCACCACCACCACUACUACGACCGGGACAGAGACAGGGACCGAGAAGGGGAGGUGGCUCCUAAAAAGAGGGGUGACGCAGGAGAAUGGGCCAGAGACUCCUACAUCCACCAGUGACGGACCAAAGCCCCCCUAAAGCUCCUUUGGAACUUCCAACCGUUCUGUUCUCCCAUUGUGCUGCUAUACCCUGAAACCACAGCAUCCUAUUUAUGUACACUUCCUUUGUAAAUGCUGUUGCAUCUUUUUAAAUGGCAGGAUUUGGAUUACAUAGAUACAAAUAUAAAUAUAUAAAUAUAUGUAUGUGUGUAUCUAUGCAUAGACGUUGUUUAUGUGUGGAUAUGCAUGAAUAUUCUCAAAUAUGCAUAUUUUAAACUUGUGUUUGAUAAAGCAUGACACAAAAGCAGAAUUUUUUUUCUGUACUGAGCUGUGCUUUCUGUGAUUAGCAUUUUUAUUUUUUAUUGUUUUUAUUACUUUUUCAUUUCUUGCUACCACUUGAAUCAUUUGUUCCAUCAGACUACUGCUAGGGUUGACUGCAACGGUUGACUAACCAAGUUAGUUUGAUGCUGUAUUUGCAGGUCUUUUGUUUAAAAAGAAUAGUUUGUCAAUUUGAGAAAUAAGCUUCUUUGCUAAUUAUUGCUCAGAGUUACCAGUUUAUUAGGUACACCUAGCUAACACAAAUGCAGUCUAAUACAACAGUCCUGCAAUAAAGCCUACCCUUCUGUUUUAUAAAACUUAAUCAUCAUCUUGGAGGCUGCAGUUUGUCGUGCUGUUGGAUUGUAUUAUGUAUUGUUCUACUGGCAGGCGUUACUAUUAUUUUGUCUACUCCAUUUAUAUCUGAGGGUAGUCUAAAUAACCGGAACAAGACUGUUGUAUUAGACUGCAUUAGGUUUAGCUACCUAAUUAACUGCCAACUGAGUCUAGAUGAGAAGAUGAAUAACUUAUAUGUGAGGUAAAUAUGAAGCUGCAGCCGGUUAGCUUAGCUGGAAACAGGGAAGCAUGAAGGUAAAAAAAAUCUAAAUGAAUAUCUAAUUAACACUUUAUAUCUCAUUUAUUUAGUUUUUUUUUACAAAAAUUGAGGUCUAAAAAAAACAAGUUGUGGUUUUACGGCAGGGCAUAAUUUACUGUAAGCUAACCAGCUGCUAAUGCUAGCUGCAGGUUCAGAUACGAAAGUGGUAUACAUUUUCUCAUCUAACUCUCAACAAGAAAGCUAGUAAGCAUAUUUCCCGAAGUGUCGGACUACUCCUAAAUUUUAUGUUCAUCAUUUAUUGCUUAGUUCCUGUUUUAAAUUUUGCGUCUAUGAUUUUGGGCAUUCGGUUUUAACGGUUUUAUUCGGUUAUUUAAGCCUCCCUCGAGGUGCACCUUAGUCUUGCCUUACAAGACAAACUAGUUCCACAAUAACUUCCUCUCUUACAUGCAGUACUGUUCUCUUUGUAUGGAUCCAGAAACAUUUUAUAACAUUGAUACACCCUUGAUUCUGCACUUUUACUGAUUCACAUUGGUUUCAAGUGAAAUUUGAUAUGACAUUGCAACUUUACUGUCGGUCUACCGAAACUCCAUCAUGGUUCAUCUUUUUUUAAGUCUAACCCCCUUUUUCUAUUGAAUGUUGUUUAAUUCCCACUUUAACUCCAGAAUAUAAAAGAUGUCCAUUUUAGGGAUAUCUUCUUCAAUAUGUUCCUCACAACUAAAAUUAAAAGAUGCAUUUGCAACUCAAACUAUUUAAAAAUGUUUACCAGACAAAGACGGUGUUGUCUUUUGGCAUUUAUUCACUCCCCUGACUAACAGGAUCUAUUUUAAGAGUCAAUGAUGUUGGAUCAAAUUUAAACUUUUCAUGUAUUAAUUCAUGAUACUGAAAAUCUAAAUUGCUCACUCGUGCCCCUCUGUUUACAAACCCACCCUGUCCCUUCACUCUGUAUGGUUUUGACAGGCAAUUGUAAUUAUAAAAACAACUCCAUUAUUUUGCUACAUUGGUAGCAAUACAGAUUUUCUAACAGUGUACAUGUGUAUGUACAUAAUGCAUAAAUAUAAAGAAUAAAGUUGGCAACAGAGGACUGUCGAGGGGGGAAAAGGA